AAAAAAAAAAACCUGAAAUAAGGAGACGAACAUUAAAAAUACAAUUUAAUAUUUUCUUCUUCUUCUUCUUUUUCAUUUUCUAUAUUAUUAUAUACUUCAGUUAUUAUCAUGUAUUCACCAGAUCAAUGGGAAAUCCUUUCUGAAAUCAGUAGCGUCACUUGCAUUACUAUUCUGUCUUUAAUAUUUGGUCGUAAAAUAGCUAGUAUUGAUGGACCCAUAUAUUAUGUCAGAGCUCUUUUAUUACUUCUUUAUGGUUUUUCUUGGGCAUUUAACUUGAUUGCUUGUAUGCUUACUAGCACUAACAAUGGUAAUUUUAUUUCUUGUACCUUGACUAACUUCAAUUGCAAUUUGGUCUACUCUGCUACUAAGGCGAUUUUAUAUCUCUAUUUUAUUGAAAAGAUUCAUAUUAUUUCUGUUCCAAAAGUAACACGAUUUAAAUCACCUUUAUAUUUAAUCAACCUCGGUCUUUUAUUACCCUUAGUCGUAACGAUCUUAUUACAAAUUAUUUAUCGCAUCAAUAUAGUUGAAGACAGUUUUCCCUUUCAUUGUACAGUUGGUUUUGAUUUACCUGCAUCUGCUGCCACACUCUGUUAUGAUAUCUUCAUGUGCUUACUAUACAUUGCCAUCUUUAUCAAAUUCUAUUGCUUCCCAAACACUUCACAGCAGACAGCACAUCAAUCAUCGUCAUUACAUAUGAUGUCCAAGAGAAAUAGCAUUGCCGCUGCUAUUGCUCUUAUUACAAUGGCAAUCAACUAUACUAUUUUGAUUUAUUUUAAUGGACGGGAAAGAGGGCUUGUUGCCUCUAGCGUUUCUUCAUUGUCUGUUACAAUUAUUUGUGUUACUAUUCACUGGGUUACGACGCAUCCUGCCGAACUUCAAUUGAAUGAAAGAGCAUUACAAAAAGUGAAUGGUGAUAAGCCUAUUCGUCUUGAAAUUAAACAACAUCAGGAAGUUGUUGUUUUGACAGAAUUGAACAGAUCUUAAGUUUAUAUAAUUCUAUAAUUAAUUAUAUUUGCUUCUUUUACCAUAUUAACAUUUGGCGUUUAAACGCACUUCUCUAUAUAUAAGAACAGGCUAAUUUAUUAAUAGUAUUUGUAGCACAAAUAUCAUACUUUAUUUCUCUAAUAAAUUCAUAUCAUUAUUUUUUUUUUCUUUUCAU